CAACUCCAGGACUGGGAACAAGACUGAGUCUACGUUUGUGGCCAAAAUAGCACAGGCGUCAUGCAAUGGACUCUGGAAGACUGAGUCUCGGUGGCACGAGAUAAACUAGGAUUGCAGGGAACGCCGGACUUCAAUCCCAUAAUGCCCGGCGUGAGCCGCGGUGCUGCAUGGGUAAUCCAAGAGGUGGCGGGCCAUCUUGUGUAUGGAACUGCUCCAGUCUCGCGUCUCUUUCCAGCUCCGUUUAGUAGCUACGUUUUGGACGGUCUCUCGCCUUCCCAGAGAUGCCUUAUAGUGAAAUUGAAGCUAAGUUUUUGGGACCUGGAAAAGAACUAACAAGGGAACCAUGUUAUAAAAAGUUGAAAUCAGCUGUAGAUGAUGGUGUUUUCCCCCAUCGAGGUGGACCUGAUAGUCACAGAAUCCAAGAGAAAACUAAAAAUAAUAGGCUCCCUGUGGCCACCAUUAACUUCAGAAGACGUGUUUGUCCUGGAGAAGACAAAACCAGUACAGAUGUGUUAAAGCCUUUGCACAAGGAGAUGCCUGGUGAUAAAGUGGGUGGCACUGAACCCAUUGGUUCACAAGCUUUGCAGGAUGGAAAGCCUUCAGCACCAGCCAGGGAUGAUGAAAUCUAUAGCACAAGUAAAGCAUUCAUAGGCCCCAUUUACAAACCCCCUGAAAAAAAGAAAUGCCGUGAGAGGAAGAAUGAGACAGCUACUUUCAAUAGUAUAGAUAGCAAAAGAAGACAAGAGGAAAAACAAAAAUUUAACUCCAAAAAAUUGGAGAUUGACACAGAGUUAUCGCAGUUUUACAAAGAAAUCGAAGAACUGGAAAAUGAAAAUGAAGCUUCCCAAGGCAGUUGUAAGGAACCAGAACCUUCCCAGGAACAGACUCUUCCUCAUGACCAGGCCUGCAAUACCUUAAAACCUGAGGGGGAAAGUAAAGAUCUGAGCACUGUUCUUCAGUCACACUGUGGCUAUCAAGCGUACCUGGAAGAUGAACCAGACUAUCCCUGUGAUGAACAAUUGAUACCUGCAUUUUGUGAUACUUCAUUUCCUUCCUUCAGGCCUGAGUGGCAGUCAGUACAUCCUUUUGUCAUACCCCAUGAUCCUCUGCCCAGUUUUAAUUACUUUAAUAUUCAAAGAUUUGGUACCCCACUACAUCCACCACCAAGUGUUUUCCAUGCGCGAGAUGACGCUCGGUUGCAGAGUGGGUGUUACAUAGACAGUUAUCAGGACGGCUGGAGCUGUUUGACUUUGGAUCAGAACGAUGAGUACGCUAACUAUGAUGUGCCUGGCAAUGUCCACCCCUUUGGAAAUGGCUAUGGUGUACAAGAUGACAGUGUGAAGAAUGGUUUCUGUGAAAUCAGAGAGUGCUGGCAAGAUCCUUCCAUAGACAUGCAUAAUGAAGCAGACAGGUUUGUGAACCAGUGCUUUCAAGAGGACAGGUUAAAUAAAUUGCAGAAAUUACUUAUUCUUCUGCGAGGCCUCCCCGGUUCUGGAAAAACAACAUUGUCUCGAAUUCUGCUUGGUCAGAGUCGUGAUGGCAUCGUGUUCAGCACUGAUGACUACUUUCAUCAUCAAGAUGGGUACAGGUACAAUGUUAAUCAGCUUGGUGAUGCCCAUGACUGGAACCAGAACAGAGCAAAACAAGCUAUCGAUCAGGGGAGAUCUCCAGUUAUCAUAGACAACACUAAUACACAAGCCUGGGAAAUGAAACCCUAUGUGGAAAUGGCCAUAGGAAAAGGAUACAGAGUAGAGUUUCAUGAACCGGAAACUUGGUGGAAGUUUGACCCUGAAGAAUUAGAAAAGAGGAAUAAACAUGGCGUGUCUCGAAAGAAGAUUGCUCAGAUGUUGGACCGUUAUGAAUUUCAAAUGUCCAUCUCCAUCGUGAUGAAUUCAGUGGAACCAACACAGAAAAGCACACAAACACCCCUUCCUCUCCAGGGGGACCAGAGAGGAAGAGUCUUAAGGAAAAGUGGAUACACUCUUGACAAAACCAAGCAGAAGAAAAACAGGACAGGAAAGAAAAGGAACAACGGUUGUAAUGAGAACUCACUCUCAACCAUAGGCCGCCUUGCACCUAGAGGCCAGGGUCUGUCCCACAGGGAAGCAGAAGGCUUUGAAGAGGCCAAGAGAGAACCAGCGUAUCCCUUAACUGGUGGCCUACAGAAUGAAGCAGCCAGUGGUGGAAACGACCAUGGAGAGCAAAGUUGGCGAGACAGAAAGCUCUCCAACAGUUUCCAAACUACUGGGUGUACAGUUGAGACAGCUCAGGACUGCUUCCCCAAGGAGGGGGAGGAUGAUGAGGGAAGAGAGCUACCAUCCGCCUCUUGCCGUACAAGCACUCAUCUUUCCCGUGGAGUGAGGGACAGCUACCGGGCCGCAAGGACGGAACAGCAUCUGAGGAACAGACAUAACUCCACCUUAGACACCCAGGACGCAUUUGCUAAAACCCGGUGUUCAUUUAUGCGGAAGACAGAGGUGAUGGAUAAAAGUCGCCCAGAUGAGUUUGCCGUGAAUCAUCAGGGUGGAACCAGGACAUCAGAGAAAAUCUUGCAAAAGGAACGAGGAGUCCAAAGCGACUGCUGGGCUUUUUUUACAGCCCGUUUGUGUGAUGAAGAAUCGCAGCUCGGGUCUAAGAGUCAGCCAUAUUUGGACAGUUGGCCGGAGGGACCUGAUAAGUUUGUAUGUGAACAGAGACCCAAGAAAGCUAGGACUCAUAGACUGAGCAGCCAUGACAGGGAGGAACAAUUGGUUAAGUUGAUUUCCACUUCUGAAGGAGCAGCAGGCUCAGGAAGCGGCCCAGAAAUACCAAUGGAGAAGAAGCUGCUGAUAGACUUGUCUCCCAAAGCUGAAACUGUAGGUUUACCCAGAAGCCCAGGAACAGAUGUCUCCAGCAGCGAUGCCCCCAAUCUGAACUCCCCAGAGCACCCCUGUGAAUCAGCAAAGGGAACACGAGAGAUGCAGUGGGAGAUUUGCAAUUUGCCACCAGACUUUAAGUUACUGGGACAGACUCAUAUCAACCCGGAAGAGAAGGAGAAAUGCGACCUCUUAACAGAGAGUCACAGGCUGAACACUUUCUCUCUGGAGAAAGAUAUUUCUGAUAUAAUCAAUAAAGUUGAGGGAAAGCAAGAAGUGAUGAUCUUCGACCGCCAUCUGCCAUGGUUUUACCUUGAUACCCUCCUCCAAGAGUCUCUAAGUGUGACUGGGAAGUCCUGUUCUUAUCGCCUGCCCUUUAACAGACUAGGGUGUGCUGUGUAUUUUUAUAAAAACCCUAUCCCUUCUCUCAUGCUACAUUACCUGUCUGCCUUUUGCAUGGUAUCUUUUAAGAACAAAAGAAGACCUUUGACUUUCAAAUGUCAGGAAAGAGUGGCUUGCAGGCUAACUGAUGGAGAGUUUGUUCUCUCAGAAGUUUUAAGUAGCCAGCCUAGUACCUGUUGCUCUCCGAGGGUGUCUUCUGAUCGUCAGCUUGCGAAUGAGAGAUUUGAUGAAAAUCUGAAGACGUGGCAAGCCUGUGAGCCGGUGCAGUGUGGACCCGCCGAGGACAGCCAGGACUUGGGCAAGAACUGUCAGUCCUUUGGGCCAACAUCGCCAGAGUUUGCCUUUCACCCAGCCAAGCUUUUGGGAUCUCCUGGAGUUUCAAUGGAACCCUUGUUACUGGAUGACCAACCACAUGAUUCCCUUUGACUGGAAGUCACUCAAGAUAACGAAUGCCUUUGCAAUGGAAGGUGUCAAUAAAGGUAUCUUUUUUAGGUUUCGGAGA